AUGGCCCCUCUUACAGACUCGGCGGUCUCUGACCUCCAGGGAACCGUCUCCAGGCUCGAGAAGCGCAUUGCGGAGCUCGAGAGCAGGUUGCAGGGCCAGGCUAGCAUUGGCGAUCAGUCGCAGGAGAGCGUCAGGAUGAUCCUGAUCGGGCCGCCCGGUGCUGGCAAGGGCACACAAGCGCCGCGCAUCAAGGACAAGUUCUGCGCAUGCCAUCUUGCUACCGGAGACAUGCUCCGCGCACAGGUUGCUGCGAAGACAGCGCUUGGUCGCGAGGCCAAGAAGAUCAUGGAUGCUGGAGGUCUUGUCAGCGAUGAGAUCAUGAUCAACAUGAUCAAGACUGAGCUUGAGACGAACCAGGAGUGCAAGAACGGAUUCAUUCUUGACGGUUUCCCACGAACAGUCGUCCAGGCUGAGAAGCUCGACGGCAUGCUCGAUGCCACCAAGAAGCCCCUCCAGCACGCCGUCGAGCUCCAGAUCGACGACUCGCUCCUCGUCUCGCGCAUCACUGGCCGUCUCGUCCACCCCGCAUCUGGCCGCUCGUACCACAAGAUUUUCAACCCUCCCAAGAGCAACAUGGUUGACGACAUCACUGGCGAGCCCCUCGUCCAGCGCUCCGACGACAACGCUGAGGCCCUCAAGAAGCGCCUUGUCACAUAUCACACCCAGACUGCACCCGUUGUUGGGUACUACCAGAAGACCGGUAUCUGGAAGCCCAUCGAUGCGAGCCAGGAGCCCGGCCAGGUCUGGAAGAGCCUGCUCAAGGUCUUCGACAACAAGGCGUACGUUGCUGGUCAGACCGGCAGCCUGCUGAACAAGGUCGGUCUCAAGAACUAG